AUGGGAUUUCUAACCACAGUUGACAGUAAGCAUCCAGAAGCGAACAAGCUGUAUUUGAAAUUCAUCUGUAUGUUAAUACAAAACUCUGGUAAAAUAUUCGUCAUGGCCAAAUCGUUGAACCUCACCAUCGCAUUAUGCCUGUUUGCUGUCACCUACGUCAGUAUGGUCAGUGUUUCAGAAGCUGCUCCUCUAAUGAGCAUUAACGACCACCUCCUCAAGAAUUGCCUGAGCUAUUUUGCCGAGAUGCGCGAAGAAGGGACCACCGUGUGCGACUCGGAGAUCAUUGACCAGGUCCACGACCACGCGGAAGAGCUCAACUUUCCCGGAUACGACGGCGACCUGGUGGAGGACUUUCUCGAUUUGGCCAAUGAUGGCGGGCUCUGCUACCUCGAAGGUUCAACGAUUAAUGUAGUGAAGGGUGACUGCGCUGCCAUGGGGCUCGUCUGCCAAGCCUUCGAACCCAAAGUCGUCGACCGUUGCGGACCGCUAAGGAAGCAGGCUAGCGCAAUCACCCCCUCACCGGUCACAGAGGCCCCAAUGACCCAGCCAGCUACAGUAAACAUCUAGACUGACACGCCCUCGUCCCUUAGAUCCAACCAAUGGGAGACGGUGUUCAACCUGUCACUCAUCAUAAUAAUCACCAUGGAGACGGAAAUCUUCGUAAUCCAGAGCUUAUCUACGUUAAUCGCCUGUAACACAAACCGGCAUUUCCAAGUUUAACGCAACGGUGUCGCAUAUAUUUUCAGGAACCGGCCAAAACUUUACGUGUUUUAUUUCAUAUUUGAUAAUUUGGAAGUUCAGUUAAGUA